GCCCAAAGCCCAAAUAAUGAUGAGAGCCCAGGGUUGCCCUUCAUGAUUUUAGCACCCCUCGGACAAACCCUUGUUGUUACCACGACGGCGAUCGGGGGAGGUGAAGAACCAGAGAGCUUCGGGUUCGAAAAUGGUACUGUGUCUUGUUUCUCGUCUUUGUCGUUCUGUUACUGCAAUCGGAGAUGGCGAUGACCGCAGGCGGCGGUGGCCGGCCGGAGGCUUACGAUCUCUUAGUGUGUCGGGAGAGAGAGCGGUUGCCUAGAGAGGGAUAUCUCAGCAAAAAAGUUCAGGUCUGUCCCUUUCUUUCUAUGCAUUUUUCUUACGGUUUUUUGUCUGUGUAUGUAUAUGUGUAUACAUAUAUCGGGGGCGAACGGUCUCUGACACUAACAAACCGAUUCUAUAGAAAAUAUCUCCGUCUCGGAUGUGUGGGAAUGGGAGAGUCAUAUAUAGUCAUUGCAUCCGUUCAUCCGGUAAUGGUAUCUCGGUUCCUCCUCCGUCAAACAACAAUCCGACAAGUGACCAAUCUAAAGGUAUCUGGACCAAAGUGGCUUCUGUCGCCAAGAAAGGCGUCGAUGGGUUUAAGAGCGAUAUGAAACGUGAGAUAUGUUGUGGCUUGAGGGAUGAGUUCAAGGGGGAAAUACAGGGUCUGAAAGAUGAUAUUAGCAAGCUUAGGGAUGAUAUAUACCACAUCAAAGUGGAUGUUAUGGAGCUCAAACUGAAGAACCAGAUGCAAUCCAUGAUGAGGGACAUCAAAGCGGAUGUUAUGGAGCUCAAACUGAAGAACCAGAUGCAACCCAUGAUGAGGGAUCUGAGAGCAGAUGUUAUGAAGUUGAAGACAGAAGUGGGUCAAAAUAAGAUGGUUCAGAACCAAAUGGUGAAGAAGAUGAUUUCACCUUGCCAAACAGACGUCUCUCUUCCGACGGCAAUCCUUGGUGCUACUGCUGUGCUCAUCACCACCACUGUCAUGAGGAUCUUUACAGCUAGAUUGGUGAAGAAAAUCUCUCUCUCUCAGAGGUGUUGGAAUGGGAGAGUCAUGUUUCAGCGUCGUAUUUGUUCAUCCGGACAUGGCGUCCUUAUUCCUCAACCAAACAACAAUUCGGUAGCGGUCCAGCCUAAAGAUAGCUGUGAUGGGAAGAAAGGCAUCGAUGGAUUUAAGGAUGAUAUGAAAUAUGAGAUAUAUGAUACCCUGAGGGGUGAGUUCAAGGGGGAGAUAAAGGGUGUGAGAGAUGAUAUCAGGAAGAUCAUGGAUGGUAUGAGCCACAUCAAAGCUGAUGUUAUGGAGCUCAAACUGAAGGAGGAGAUGGAGGAUAUGAGAGCGGAUGUUAUGAAGCUGAAGAGUGAGAUGGAAGUGGGUCAAGAGAAGACGGAUCAGAGCCAAAUGGAGAAGAAGAUGAUUUCAGCUUGUCGAGUGUGCCUGUUAGGCUCCUUCAUUGCCCUAGACAUUAAGCUCGUUAUGUGGGUGUUCGGUAUGUGAGGAUUGUGUUGCGGUAUUGAUAUUAUACCUAGUCAGUUGAAACUGCGUUUAUAACCUAAUUAUUUAAAAGAUAUUUAUAUUUGUUACUCUAUAAAUCUAUCUUAAAUCUUAUGUGGA